AUGACAAUCGGUCUGGAUACCAGACAAUGGGCGAAACGAGGCCCUUGCAUAUCGGCACCUGGGAUUCAGAGACCAGGUUAUCUAUAUUCCCUGAAGGACGUUGCGGUCCCUCUCGCCACACUGCCCGAUUUCAGCUACUUUGCAGCAUUCACGCCCCUUUCCAAUGGCAGCGCGAAACAGCUUCCUACCCGGGAUGAGGACUUUGAUAUGCGAUUGUAUAACAAAGCAAACUGGAUAUCAUCCAUGCUUCGGUCAAGAGGACUGCGGUCCUCUUAUGUAUCCACAACCUUCCGAAAGGUGCAUCUUCGCUGGGGUGAAAAGCUUUUACAAACCCGCCAUUUUAGCAUCCCUGACUCUGGAGGGCCUCAGAUGGUUAGCGAUAUGUCUUCGUUGCAAGAAGAGCACAGGAAUAUUCUCAAAAUCCUUGAAAGCACACCGGUCCGAUCGCUACAAGACCUUGCGCACUCGCGCGGUCAGGAAUUCCAAGUCAGAGGGCCGCGGGACUUUGAGACAAUUCUGUGA